AUGGCCACCACCGCGCAGUACCUGCCGCGGGGCCCGGGCGGCGGGGCCGGGGGCGCCGGGCCGCUUAUGCACCCGGACGCAGCUGCGGCGGCGGCCGCGGCAGCAGCGGCCGAAAGACUUCACGCCGGGGCCGCGUACCGCGAGGUGCAGAAGCUAAUGCACCACGAGUGGCUGGGAGCAAGCGCGGGGCACCCCGUGGGCCUGGCCCAUCACCAGUGGCUACCUACGGGCGGCGGCGGCGGGGGCGACUGGGCGAGUGGCCCCCACUUGGACCACGGGAAGGGUGGAGGCGGCAGCCGCGGGGACGACGGCGGAGGCUUCCACGCGCGGCUGGUGCACCAGGGGGCGGCCCAUGCGGGAGCGGCGUGGGCUCAAGGCGGGACACCUCACCACCUAGGCCCGGCCAUGUCACCGUCACCCGGGGCGGGCGGGGGUCACCAGCCCCAGCCUCUAGGGCUCUAUGCGCAAGCGGCCGCGUACCCGGGAGCUGCCGGGGGCGGGGGCCUCGCGGGAAUGCUAGCGGCCGGCGGGGGCGGCGCGGGGCCCGGCCUGCACCACGGACUGCACGAAGACGGACACGAGGCGCAGCUGGAGCCAUCGCCGCCGCCCCACCUGGGUGGACAUGGACAUGGACAUGCGGGUGGGCUCCAUGCGGGUCACCUGCACCCGGGCGCUGGUGGUGGCGGCUCCUCAUCGGUCGGAGAGCACUCGGAUGAGGACGCUCCGAGCUCCGACGACCUGGAGCAAUUCGCUAAGCAGUUCAAACAGAGGCGCAUCAAGCUGGGCUUCACGCAGGCCGACGUGGGGCUAGCUCUGGGCACACUCUACGGGAACGUCUUCUCGCAGACCACCAUCUGCCGCUUCGAGGCCCUGCAGCUCAGCUUCAAGAACAUGUGUAAAUUGAAGCCACUGCUGAACAAGUGGCUAGAGGAGACCGACUCUUCCACCGGCAGCCCCACCAACCUGGACAAGAUCGCGGCGCAGGGACGCAAACGCAAGAAGCGCACGUCCAUCGAGGUGGGCGUCAAGGGCGCUCUGGAGAGCCACUUUCUUAAGUGCCCCAAGCCGUCGGCUCAUGAGAUCACGGGCCUGGCAGACAGCCUGCAACUGGAGAAAGAGGUGGUGCGCGUCUGGUUCUGCAACCGGCGGCAGAAGGAGAAGCGCAUGACCCCGGCCGCUGGCGCCGGCCACCCCCCUAUGGACGACGUGUAUGCGCCAGGUGAGCUGGGACCCCCUGGGGCCGGGGGCGGGGGAACCUCGCCGCCCUCAGCCCCGCCGCCUCCACCGCCCGCCCCGCUGCACCAUCACCACCACCACACACUGCAAGGAUCCGUGCAGUGACCCCCUCACCCCUCGGGGCCCGGACUCGAGCCCCUUCCUUCUCCUCUGCCCACCGUGCCAACACCCCCCCC